AAACUGCUGGCGUCUUGGACUCGGCUCUGCUUUUGUCUGUCUCGUUUUCCUCUCGGGUCGGCCUGAUUGUUUGCUGCCAGCAGUUUCCUCUCGACACGCUCCGCCGCCCUCGCCGCCCUCCGCCGGCGCUUUCGAGUUAACGAGCCCCGUUGAUGUCGUCUUUGUGUGCGGGAGCCGGGCCGGGAUGGGAGUGUAAUGCUGAGAGGUCGCGCUCUCUGUCUCCGCUCUGCUCCGACCCCGCCAUGACCACCGGGCGCCCAAAGACGGUCUCUGAAUGCAAAUGUCAGCCCCCUUGGACUCUGCCCUGGUCGGGGGCCAGCAGUGCGUGAGGGACAGGCGAGUGGAGCCCGCGGUGGCUCUCUACUGCGUGGCUUCAAAUUGGCCCCGGCUGAGCUCUGCAUGGAGCACGGAGUGAAGAGUCCUGCUAUGGUCUGAUGUCUCAGCAUGGAUGGAGUCAGUCAGAGGACUGGCCACCACUAAUGAGACCAUUGUUUUUCAUCUGAGGACUAGCAUUCACAGGAUUACUCCCACGUCCUUUUCCAGAUAACUGCAUCGUUACUUAACUUCCCCAGUUGGACUGUUGGUCGGUCGGGUUUUCGGUGGAUAUAUACAUCAUCGCCUUUCUGAUUUUCAUAUUUGUUUAAUUCAUUUUUUUCGUUCUUUUAAAAAAAUAUAUUUUUGUUUUCCCUUUUGCCGUUUUGUUUUCCACUAUGGAGUUUCUGCCUGGACCCUGGAAUAAAGAUUGGCCGUCAUUCUUGCAAUUUUGGUUGACUGUCAUCCUAAGCCUCCAAAUGCAAAUCAGCCCGGGUGCCUCUUGCCCAGCAGAGUGUCGUUGUGACCAGCUCUUUGUGUACUGCAACGAACGCAGCCUGACGUCAGUGCCUCUUGGGAUGAAGGAGGGUUUCAAGGUCCUCUUUCUACAUAACAACCAGAUAAACAAUGCUGGCUUCCCUUUGGAACUUCAUAAUGUGGCCACUGUUGAGACGGUGUAUCUCUACGGCAACCAGCUGGACGAGUUUCCCAUCAACCUGCCUAAAAACACAAAGGUCCUGCAUCUUCAGGAGAACAAUAUCCAGACCAUCUCCAAAGCGGCCCUGGCCCAGCUGACUCGACUCGAGGAGCUGCACCUUGAUGAUAACUCAAUCUCCACAGUGGGGGUGGAGGAAGGGGCCUUUAGGGAGGCCAUAAGCCUCAAACUCCUCUUCCUCACCAAGAACCACUUAAGCAGUGUUCCCAUUGGGCUUCCCGAGGACCUGAAAGAGCUGCGUUUGGAUGAAAACCGCAUCGCUCACAUUGCAGAGGAGGCCUUUCAGAAUGUGACACGUCUGCAGCGCCUCCUGCUGGACGGGAACCUACUGACGGACGAGGGCAUCGCACCAGGGACCUUCCAGGACCUGGAAACCCUCCGUGAGCUAGCCCUGGCCCGCAACUCACUGACGUUCCCCCCUCCCCUCCUACCCAGCCAGUCACUGGUCAAACUGAGCCUGCAGGAGAACCAGAUCAACCAGAUCCCCGUGGCAGCCUUCGCUGACCUGAUCAGGCUGGAAAGACUGGAUAUCUCCAACAACCAGCUUCAGACUCUGACACAGGGUGUGUUUGACGGCCUGUCAAGCCUUAGGCAUCUCAUGGUGCGCAAUAACCCAUGGCGUUGUGACUGUGCUGUGAAGUGGGUGGUGGUCUGGCUCAAGUCCUUGCCCUCCUCAAUCAACGCCCGGGGGUUCGUUUGCCUGAGCCCAGACAAAGUGCGUGGCAUGGCCAUCAGAGAGCUCACGCUGGACAUCAUAGAGUGCCCGGUAGAAGCUGACCAGCCGCCCUGGCCCACCCUCCGCUCAACUCCCCCUCCCCCACCCACAACCACCCCCAUCACCACCAUGUCCUCCACCCUCAUCACCACAACCAUCCCUUACUACUUUGACUCUCCCUCCCCUCCCUCACCCCCAGUCCACAACAACCCCGCCGGGCCCCUGCCGCCUUACGAGGAUCCGCUUCAGAUCUCCUUCCACGUGGUCAACUCGACCAGCAUCGAGGUGAGCUGGGCUUCCUACUUCACCGUCACAGCCUACAAGGUCACUUGGGUCAAAAUGGGCCACAGCCAAACAGAUGAAGGAAUGCGAGAGAGGACGGUGAGUGGGGACCGCCGGCACAUUAGCCUCACCAAACUGGAGCCCCGAUCUGUGUAUCGGAUCUGCGUGCAUGUGCUGGACACUCUUAACUCCUUCAGGCCCGGAGAGGAUACUAUAUGCUCUGAGGCCAGGACCAAGGCGGUUGUGUCUACCAAACCUCCCGGCAGGGAGCAGGCUCCAAAGGAGACCAUCAACUCCACGUUGCUAAUGGCUGGGAUCAUAGGCGGGGCGGUGCUCAUCAUCCUGGUUACGCUGCUCAGCCUGUUCUGCUGGCACAUGCACAGGAAGAGCCGGUCGUCUUCGACCAAGUGGAAAUACAACCGGGGCAGGAGAAAAGACGACUACGGCGAGGCAGGGACCAAGAAGGAUAACUCCAUUCUGGAAAUGACUGAGACUAGUUUCCAGAUAGUGGCACUGAACAAUGAGCAGCUGCUCAAGGGAGAUUUCCGCAUCCAGCCCAUCUACACACCCAACGGGGGCAUCGGAUUUAGAGACUGUCACCUCAGUAAUAACAGCAUAGCCUACUGCAAGAGCAGCAACGUGCCCAGUACAGAGUUCUGCCUCACGUGAUGCAGCAGCAAAUAGUUGGGCGGCAUUCACUCACACACAUCCUAGAAAAAACUUAUUACAUGCGUAAAUGCACACACACACCGUUUGUGAAGACAACAACAACAAAAAUAUAAACAUUCUAGUAAAAUAUAACUGUACUAUAUAUAUUUCCAAGUUUCUGUCUACGAUGUAAUUUAUACUGUGGAUAAUAGUGUGGGAUUCUCUGCUAUCUUUUUUAUUCUUAGAAAAAGAGAUAAAAGUGUUUCUUUUUUUAUAACCAGCAGGGUUUUGAAAGUUGUUUUAAUGGUCAGUACUGUACAUGAACAUGGAUUUGUACAAUCCUGGAACCCUGUGUGUAGCUUUCGGACUGUCAAAUGUUGGGGCACUUAAGAAGACUGGGAUCCUUUGCUAACCACAGAAGCAAAAGAAGGCCUUUUUUGCUCUUUGGAACCUGGCGAGCCCUCCCGUCCAAAAGAACAGUAGUAAAGACAACACGGCACCGGAGAAAUACAAACACCGCUGAUUAGCUCGCCGUGGAAAUACAGCACUCAUUCAUUGUUAAAAAGGACUGAAGUGCACUUUCUUAUUAAUGGAAGCAAGACAGGAAAUGAGCAGAGGUGGCGACCUCAUGUGAGGGGGAGUUUCAUCGGUGCUGUUGAAAGGCCCCGCUUGAGAUCUCCCAAAAGUGCCUUAACACUAAAAGCGUCUUUGUUUCCCUGGUUUACAGUUGAAACAAAGGUGGGCUUAGUACGGGAGACACUUUUUCUGGAAAACGAUGUGUUGUUUUCAACACAUGUUAGUGAGGAGUUAUUAACACAAGUUUAAAAAAAAGGGUUGUUGUCCCCAAUGAGGUGCAUGGAUGUUCUGAAGCUCGGAUCCUUUUGAACAAAUUCCCAAAUUAGUUCUGCAUCUUUUCUUCUUCCCUGUUUUGGUAAGUGAGGCCACAAGGGGGCAGUUUCCCCCAGUGUUGCGUGUGGGACAGGAACAGAGGGCAAGACAGACAGAGGGGGGGGGGACAAGCUUCAUAGAUCACUACCUCCACUAUUCCCCUGGAGUCCAUUACCAACACCACAUUACUCACGCUCAAACAGCAUUGUUUAGAGUAUUCCUGCUCAUCCGGCUACUUAAUGAUGUGCAAUCAUUUCAAACCAACAGUUUUCUGUGUUCAGUGGCUGAAUGAUAUUCAUUUUCUUCAUAUUGAUUUUUGCCACUGUGGUCUGUCGUGAGGGGAAAGCCCCGGCCCCUCCCUGUGUGUGUGUGGUGAGUGUGAUGCAUUUAUAGAAAGGACACAUAAUGACAAUCCUACACACACUUAUUUGGCCCGUGUCCCGGCAUUCAUUAGGCUCUGUGAUAAAUGAGGAAAUCUCAACGUGAUCCUCACAAAGCUGCACAGGGAGGGGGGGCUCGUCUAGCGUCUCAUUGCUCACCCCUCUUGUAGACGUUUAUGGAGCGUCACCUCAACAAUGCACCCGCUCACUUUACAUCGCGUCAUCAGCCACACUGAUGAUCCUCACGCUAUCUGCGCCAUCGUGUCCUUUCUGUAUCCUCUGUGGCGGCAGCUUUCUGCGUGCACUCUGCAGUGGGGUCCUCAUUAUGCCGUCUUCAGCAGACUAUAUUGGAUAUGACCAGAUCUUAUUUUGAGGGGCCAAGCUUAAAAGAAGUUCCCCACCCCCCGUUCCUCCUCUCAUGGUCUACGACCAAAAAAAGGGAGAAAAAUAUGUGGACCCUGAUUUUACUUGGCUGCAUGGAGCUCACGCUGGGAGACGAGAAUGUCUGUUAACUCACAUGAAACCGGGCCGAACUAUCGGGGCAAAGGGGUUUUUAAGGGCUUUUACUGGAAGCCACCAGUCAGCAGUCGGGACAUGUCAAAAGCAGCGAUCAGCAUCCCCUGAGCUGUAGUUUGAGUUGGUCCCCUGACCUCCACAGCCCCCAAUGUUCAACCAAGACGGCAUUCUAGUCAUUAAAAGGGAAUCUGUGCACAUCACGUUGGGUCACAUAAUGUCUUUAUAUGUUGUUUUCAUCAAGACAACUAAUUAGAAGAUUGAUAUCGCCCUGUUUGUACGCUAGAUAUCAAGUUAAUGAUAGCAGCUUGUUUAGACAGGACACAGAUUACUAUCAAGGAAAAUCUACCAUAAAAGCACAGUGUCAAUUUUACAACUUGUUUUUUUGUGUGUAUUAAACAAACAAGAAUAUUUAAGAUGUGCUGGAUUUAGCAGGAUAAGCGGUUUGACGAUGGAUGGGUGGAUUUUGUUACUUUUAAACAGACAUAGGCUUGCUGUUUUCUAGAUACUGAGCCAACUGUCUGCUAAUGUUAGCUUCAUAUUUAAUUUACAGCCCUGUAAUGUACAAAACAUUUUUCCUUAAAGGGAAAAAUAUGUAUUAGCCUAAAAUAAGUAGAUGCCACUUGUGCCGUACGAAGAUCUUCUGUGGUUAUCAAAGCAUCUCUUUUUACUUUAACUCUUUUUCUACUAUUACCCACAGCUGACCACUCAGACACACUUCAACAUCUACAUAAAUAGGAUUUAGUCAUUAUUUCUUUGUUUGAGAUGGGAUCCCUAUUUGAAGUUACGUGCUGAUCAAACAGUGACGUUGGAGGGUGAGGGUGGGGGUGAGGGUGGCUCAAAGAGUUCCAGCAUAUCACAUCCCCUCUCUCUCUGAAUGUGUAACCGAGACCCAGCUGAUGAUAUUUGCCUUACCUCUAAUGCAGAGAGCGAAUGACGGAGCGUUUAAGUGGGAGGAAGACAAGAUGCGAUGGGAGGAGACAGUAAUUAGAAAGCACAUUUGUCCAACUUUUUGCAGCGGUGGCGACUACAACGCCAAGAACAACACCAAGCAUGUACGCGCGGGAGCUUACGACAGGCUGUUCUUCCACAUUUUAAGCAGGUGAUUCAGUCAGCGGACAUUACUCCUAAUUCUCUUUUGGCUUUAAUAAAGAAUGCGGGGGGUGUGGGGGGGCAUGACCAAUGGAAUUACGCAAAACGUAUCACAGAGUGCAAACGUCCGGUUAUUCCGUUUUCAGGGGCAAAUUAAUUAAUCUGAAAGCUCGUUGAAAUGAUCAUGUUUUAUCUCUCAGAGGUCAAAUCAAAGAAAACACAUAAGUGGUUAAGAACGUGUAAAUUGGUCUUUUCUUCCUGCAGGCCCGAGCUUCUCUGCUAAUAUCCAUCAGACAGAAACAUCCAUCAAAGGGGUUUUGCAUGUACUGUAUUUAGCUUCAUUGCCUUUCUUUUUUUUUUCCAUAUUGGGCCUUGGACUUUUUUUGUGAAGCAAUCAAAGGAUUAGAGGGAGGACGCUUCAGACUUUCAGUGCAUGUGAAACAGCCGUGGGGGGGUUUCUCCUCCCCAUCAGGACGCUACAGUGUCACGUUAGCAGCCCACACCACGUUUUCUUAGGAACCAAAGUUAAAUUUCUGUUCUCAUGAUGAAAUAUUGAUGUUGUUCCAUGUACGUGCCUUGAGGUUGAACUUACAAUGUAAAGUCCUUGACAAACCUUUAAAUGUUUUUGCACAAACUGUAAAUACUUAAGUGAAGCCUUUUGAAAAUAAAAGAGCCAUUGGAUUUGA